AUGCUUCCAACCACUUUCGGAAAUACACUUUGGUUUAGCGAAGAAGAACUUCGAGAGCUGAGAGGAACUAAUUUAUAUCGUGCAACUGAGUUACAGAAGAAAAGCCUGUUGAAUUUGUAUGAAACUAAAGUGAAGGAUUUAGUGAUGAAACUUUUGAAUCUUGAUGGAGAUUCUGAGAUUGAGGUGUGCUUUGAAGAUUUCCUGUGGGCAAAUUCAGUUUUCUGGAGCCGUGCUUUGAACAUUCCAAUGCCUCGUUCUUAUGUAUUUCCUGAGAUGCAAGAUGUUCAUCAGAGUUGCACUCCAGAAGCUGAUGAAAAGGGAAGCGAGGCUACAAAAUCAGACGAUCUAACCAAGGAAACGACACAUAGCACAGUGCAUGGAGAGACCGUUUGGGUUGAGGGUCUUGUCCCUGGUAUUGACUUUUGCAACCAUGAUUUGAAGCCAAUAGCAACAUGGGAAGUUGAUGGAAUUGGCUUAACAACAGGAGUUCCUGUCUCCAUGUAUCUUCUUUCCGCUGCUCAAAGUCCCUUGCAGAUUGAUCGAGAAAUUUCCAUUAGUUAUGGCAACAAGGGAAUGAGGAACUUCUAUAUCUGUAUGGCUUUGUCAUUGAUGGUAACACAGAUGACUAUCUCAUGGUUCAUUAUCCAUCAGAAGCAAUUAAUACUAUUUCUUUUUCCGAGUCUAAAAGCCAGCUUCUUGAAGUGCAGAAGGCUGAAAUGCGAUGUCUUUUACCCAAAACUCUAUGGAUAA